AUGGUAGACAUUAAUUCUUCAACAUUAUUUCAAAGUAAUUUAAGUACAAUAUUACAUUGGCCAUUAGCACGUAAAAUUGAAUUACUUUCAUCAUUUUCACAAUGUUCAACACCAUUAUGUCUUUGUGCUGGAUGGAUUAAACCAAAUGAAUCAACAAUAAAUGAAAUAACAACAAAUGAUGAUACAACAAUAAUACGUAAACCAUUACUUUGUUGUUCAUGUCAACAUCCAUAUGAUUUACAUUAUAAUGAAAAAACAAAAUCAAUAUAUUGGUCAUCAGAAUCAACAUUAGAACAAGUUGAUUCAGCAUUACAAACAUUACUUGAUGCUGAUUUAUUAAUACGUUUUGCAACAUCACCAUCAUUAUCUGAUCAACAUGAUUUAUCAACAAAUCGAACACUUUUAUUUAUUGCCCAAACAUUACAAUCAACAAUAACAACAAUGGCAAUACAUUCAACACGUCGAGAUUUAAUUAAUACAAAUAUGAUGAAUUUAUUAGGUAUGUGUCCAUUUGAACAACCAUGUAUACGUGAUGCUGUUAUUAAUUUUAUUUGUUCAACAACAUUAAAUUUUACAUCAACAACAACAACAACAAAUGAUAAUCAACAAUUACAUGUUAUAUUUGAAGCUGGUAAACAAUUUUUACAUUUAUUAAAUACAUGGAAAAUGCCAUCGAGUGUUGCACAUCAAUUAUGGUUAGAAGAACAAUCUUCAACAUCAACGACAAAUAUGAAAAAAGUCAAUAAUUAUGAAUUAUGGUAUGCUCGUUGGGUUGGUUAUUGUAUUGUACCACAAUUAUGUCCUAAAUCUUUAAUAAAAUAUGAUCCAAUAACAAUAUUUGGUCUUGAAUAUCUUUUACUUAUUUAUGAUCAUUUUAAAUCCGAUAUACUUUCAACACGUUCAUUAACACCAUCACUUAAUCGUUUUUUUGAUCAAUUUCAACAAACAUUAACUGAAACCGAUUCAUCAUGUUGGUCAUCAACAUAUGAACGACCAGUUAUACCAAUGCUUGAAGCUAAUAUUGAAUCACUUUUAACUGGUGAUCAAUCAAAUACACCAACAAAUUCUACUAAUGAAACAACAGAAAAGAAAAUAACACGACGUGUAUCAAAAGCAUUAACAAAUAAAAAACAACUUAAACGACUUGAACCAUCUCGAAUGAUAACAUCAACAUCAACAUCAUCAUUAUCAUCAUUAUCAUCAUCAUCUCAAUUACACCAACAUCAUCAUCAACAACAACAACAACAACAAAAUCCAUCACCAUUACCAGGUAGUGAAUUUAUAAAUCGUGUUUGGUCAUGUGUAUGUGAACGUCAUGAACAACGUUUACGUGCUGAAAUUGAAAAAUCUUUAUUUAAAGCAAAUCCAAAACGUGAUGAAGUAGCACGUCUUGCUGAACAAAGAGGUUUUGCUGAAUUUCAUCUUAUUAAACAUGAUUUAAAUAAACAUGGAGCUAAUGAAACUGAUCUUAUGUAUAAAAGAUUACUUCAAUUGAUUAAUGUUUUUUCACGUGCAUUACCUAAAAUGCCACAAAAUUAUAUAGCACGAACUGUACUUGAUCCAAGACAUCAAUCACUUAUUAUAGUUUUUGCUUCAAAAGUUAUUGGUGGAAUUUGUUUUCGAAUGUUUCCACAUCGGUAA